AUGGAUAAAGAAGCUUUCAUUCAUUUUCUUGGAGGAGCUUUGGGUGGUACAGCUGGAACAGCUAUUACCUGUCCACUUGAGGUGGUUAAGACGCGAUUACAGAGCACAGAAUAUGCGUGCACAUUAUCUCAUUCACAUUCCGAAGGAUCAUCAAAAAACCCCAUACGGUUACCUCACCCACACAAUCGAAUGGUAACAUCUGUCAACAUUUCUCAAAAGCUGCGCCUAUGUUACAUGCCGCCAACAUGUGCAGUGCAGCAAAAUGUGCAACUUUUUGCGAAGCCUAGUUUAUCUGUGCAGCAGAGCAGGAGUUUAUAUAUUUUCUUCAAACAAAUUGUGGCAAAUGAAGGAUUCGCAGCACUUUUCAAAGGAAUUGGUCCUAACCUUAUUGGUGUUGCACCUUCGAAAGCAGUUUAUUUUUGCACGUAUUCAAGCUGUAAACGAUUACUAAACAGUUUGGAUAUUUUUGUCUCGAAUAGCGCUAUGAUACAUAUGUCUUCUGCAGCUACCAGUGGUUUUGUGGCUGCAACCGUCAUUAAUCCAGUUUGGUUGGUUAAAACACGUUUGCAAUUGCAUAAAGGGCCGCUCUCAGUAACAGAAUGCAUCAGACGGGUGUGGAGAACAGAUGGUUUUAAAGGUUUUUAUCGGGGAGUAACCGCAUCAUAUGUUGGAAUUUCUGAAACAGUAAUUCAAUUUGUAUUGUAUGAAGAAAUGAGAGCGUUAUUGUUGAAGUGGAAAUCAUCUUCUCGAGAAGAAAAUGUAGCAAAUCCAGAAACACAUUUAGCAAGUCCAGAAACAAAUACUACAAAGUGGGAUGAAAAACCCCGCUCGAAACAAGAUGAAGAGCGGCUAUCAGCUGUAGAGAUGUUCCUAACUGAAAACGACGAUCGUGAUAUGAUUGAUUUCUUCCAUUUUAUGCUCGCUGGUGGGACGGCAAAGUUUUUUGCUUGUUCAUUAGCUUAUCCACAUGAAGUGGUGCGUACUCGUAUGCGCGAAGAGAGUGCUGUAAUCAAAGGAUUUUUGCCUACUCUAAAGUUUAUUCUGCGAGGAGAAGGGUUUUGGGCGCUUUACCGAGGAUUGGCUGUACAGCUUUUACGAACAGUCCCAAACACUGCAAUCACUAUGGGUACCUACGAAUUGACAGUGCACUUAUUACAUGGGUAA